AUGAGACAAGGUGCCACAGUAGGAGAUUUUUAUGACGAAUUGAAUGUGCUAUUGAGCAGCGCCAAGAAUGCUCUAAAAGAGGAGAAAGGAGAAGAAAACAUUGAUAAAAUGAUGGAACCAUUGGAAAUACCUAAAAACCUGCAAGAAGCAUACGAAGAAGCUGUACCAUUAGAAUCAAGACUGGAGGCGAGAAUCAUACCAGAUUCAAGGCCACGAAUAACUCGAAACUAUUAUAAUGGACAAAAUUCUUAUAAUAAUGGAUAUGGAAAUGAAGGUGGAUAUAAUAAUAGAGGACAUGAGGGGUAUAGAAGCCAGAAUAAAUACGACGAACGAAAUCAUAGAGAACAAAACUAUGUUGGUUAUGUAAAUGAGCAAGAAGACUACGUGGGGUACGUGAAUCAACCCGAACAAAGAGAACGUUCAAAUAACUAUGGAAGAAAUAAUUAUUAUCAAAACAACUACAAUCGUAACAGUUAUCAAAGAGGCAAUAGUAACUACAAUAAUUAUGGCAGAGGAGGAUAUCAGCGGGGAUAUAACAACAGUAAUCGACAAGGAGGAAGCAACUGGCCCUCAUGGAAUAGAAACAAUGGUCAAGGAAAUCAAAGGCAAAUCUUCAAUCACGAGAAUGGAUGUCACGAAGAUUAUCAGCCCAGUGGUCCAGAUAGACGAGAGAACUAUAAUAAUUAUCCAAAUAAUUGGAGAGGCGGCAACGGAAGAAACUACCAACAAAAUGAAAACGAAAGAGAGAAUUUAAACUCUCAAGGGGCUCGUCAUGGAGAAAGAAUGACGAGCCAGGAACGAAACCAGAGCCAGAGACAACAGCAGGAUCCAGAUCAACACAAAUACCAACAACAGAUGCAGAACUACAAUCAAGGAAAGCAGAAUCCAAUUCAGAACAGCCAGAACAACUACGGACCACAGAGAGCACCGGUAAUGACGAUCCUGACAAAACAGCCCGAGUUUCAAGAAUGUGUUCAGCCAACUGCACGGGACCUGAAGAGUUUAAUUGGGAAAAUGAUGAACCAACAGCAGUGA